UACAAUUGUGUGUGCGGACUGCGGAGCCCGUCAGCUGGAAGUAUGGACCCGGCCUCCUGUAUGAAGAGCUUACUGCAGGCCAUAGCGCGGUACAAGAGCAGCAAGAAUGAGGCGAACGGGGCUGCCGUGCAGAGACAGCUGGAGGUCAUCUUUGGGCUGAAGUUAAGCAAGUUAUUUGCAUCAAACAAGAUAUUGCCCAGUGAAUGCUUGAGCGCUCUUGUGGAACUUAUUGAAGACCCCCAUACUAGUCCUGCUAUAACACUGAAGACUGUUAACUUGUUAUCAAAUUUAGCUGUAGACACCGAAACAAGAGAAACUCUUCAUUCUACUUACAAUCUCACCAAUGUUUUGGCUGGUGUAGUUUACAGAUAUAGCUCCAUCCUAAAUGAUCCAGUUUUAUUACAGUGCCUUCAGCUGCUGCAAAGGUUGACCUACGAUAUAAGAGUUUUGCAUGCAAGUGUCAACAUUGAGGAACUAAUAUCCUUCUUGAUGAACAGAAUUCAGUCACCGGAAGAUGAGCUAACCAUGCCUUGUCUUGGCCUUUUGGCAAACCUUUGUCGGCACAAUCUUUCUGUGCAGUCGUACAUAAAAUCUUUGAAUAAUAUCAAGGCCUUCUAUCGUAAAUUAAUCAGCUUCUUGGCCCACAGUAGUCUUACUGUGGUCGUAUUCGCGCUUUCAGUACUGGCAAGUUUAACGCUAAAUGAAGAAGUUGGCGAAAAGCUUUUUCAUUCCAGGAAUAUACAUCAGACAUUUCAGUUAAUUUUUAACAUUCUUGUGAAUGGUGAUGGGACGCUAACAAGGGUGUAUUCUGCCGACCUUCUUAUGGAUCUGUUGAAGAACCCCAAAAUUUCUGAUUAUCUGACAAGAUAUGAGCAUUUUAAUUCAUGUCUUAAUCAAAUUCUGGGACUUCUACAUGGAAAGGAUCCAGACUCUGCUUUCAAGGUCUUGGAAUUGCUGCUGGCUUUCUGCUCUGUCACAAACCUAAGGCACCUUCUCAGACAAGCUAUUUUAGAGCCGCCUGGUCCAAGUGGAGGCAGUGGGAGACUGGGACCACGCACAAAAUCUCCAGAGCCUGCUGUAGCUCUUGUUCAUUGGUCAAGUCAUUCACUGGAAGCUCCUCAGAGCUGUGCAGCAUUGGCUUUGGCGCUCUUCAAAGAAGUGUUUGCAGAUGCCAUUGAUAAAGGUGCCAGCCAGCUGGCUGAACGGUUUUUAGACCUUCUGCUUCCAGUCAUUCUUGAUCAGCUUCUUGUUCCUGAUCAAACUGUGGAUGAAGUAUUAAUUAAGAAGAAAUGUGAAAGAACGGGGAAAGCAAUAGAUGUUUUGAUCACUCUUUGUGGUGAUGAUGUAUUAAAAUCUCGACUUGCUAGGACAUUGGCUGUCAGCAGAUGUGUUACUCUGGUAGACUAUGAGUUCACGUUCAUUGGUGUGGAUUCCAGCUUUGGUGCUAAAAUGGUCGACUCUGAGCUUUUCAAUGUUUCCACGGAUGUCAUUUUGAAAACUCUUAAACUUAUGAGCAAGCUAAAAGGGAUGGUAACCAAUAUGGAAGCUGCUUUUUAUAAGAUUUUGCAGGACCAGCGGUUGAUUACACCGCUCUCUUUUGCCCUAACUUCUGACAACAGAGAGAGAGUUCAAGUUGGCCUUCAGCUGCUUUUUGAAGCUGCACCAUUACCAGACUUCCCCGCAGUUAUACUUGGGGAAAGCAUUGCAGCUAACAAUGCCUACAUACAGCAAGAAAAUGAGCAUCCAGCAAAGAAAUUUGGAAUGCAAGCCGUUACAAACAACUGUAGAUCCUCACAGAUGUCAAAUUUGAACAGUGUUGACAUAUCUUCCGCCAAUAUCCAGGAUCUCAUACAGAAGCUGCAAACGGGAAUGGAGAUGAAGGAGCACGGGAAUGAUUUGAGGAUUUCUGAUAUCAUGGAUGUUUAUGAACAAAAAAUUUCUGCAUUAGCAUCUAAGGAAAGCAGGUUGCAAGACUUGCUGGAAGCCAAAGCACUAGCCCUUGCACAAGCAGACAGACUGAUUGCACAGUACCAGUGUCAAAGAGCACAAGCUGAAGCAGAGGCAAGAAAGCUCGCUACUAUGCUAAAAGAGGCAGAGCGGAAGAAUGAGGAGCGGAGUUUGCUUUUAAAGUCUCAGCAGCUGGAGUCAGAACGAGCCAAUAGUGACAUUGAGCAGUUGUUCCAGCACAGCAAGAAGCUGCAAGCAGUGGCCGAAGAGCAUGAAACGCUGAAAGUCUCCUAUGCUGACCAUAUCAUGAAGUAUGAACUCUGUGAAAAGCAGUUAAAAGACUUGCAGGUAUCAUACAACACCCUAACUAAGCAAGCUGAAACAAUGAAGAAACUAAAUGAUUCUCUCAAGAGUCAAAAUGAAAAGACAAUGGCCCAGCUAGAAGACACCGAAAACCAAAGAAAAGAUUUGGCUAAGCAACUGCAAGACCGAGAAAGUAAAAUUUUAAAUUUUCAACAAAAGGUAAAAGGUCUAGAGGACAAGGUUAAAUUAAAGCAAAAGGAGAAAGAAGAUAUGGAAGAAACUAUUGACAUACUUCGUAAAGAGCUGAGCAAAACGGAACAAGCAAAGAAGGAGCUGAGCAUAAGGGUAUCUUCGUUGGAAGUUCAGAAAACACAGUUGGAAACGCGUCUGGAGGAAAAAGAGGGAAUUGUGAAAAGCCAAGCGGAAGAGCUAAACAAGCAUUCACACAUGAUUGCUAUGAUACACAGCCUUAGUAGUGGCAAACUCGGUACAGGCAAUGUGAACCUCAGCCUAUAGGACUGUGAACAAGCAACUGAAAAAUAACUUUUGUACUGUAAUCUUUUGGUUGCGCCAGUGAUACUGAAACUGUAGCAUGAUCACAACCUUUUUUAUUAUAAACUGCUGAAAUAUCAAUUUUCUAAAUAUAUUUUAAACAAUUUUAUGAGGUGAUGCAGUUCCUAAUCCCCAGUAUAUCCAGAAUGCAUUCCAGUAACUGGCAGCAUGUUGUAAUUUUUGCUAAACUCUACUACACUAGUGUGGUAUAUUUUCAGAAUCUAUGCCAAGCGUACAGGGGUUGCAGUUUCUCUCUUUAUAUAGGUCCUGAAAGCACUUUUAUCAGGUUCAGAAAUUGCAUUUUAUCCUUAUUUAUUUUAUUUGUGUAUAGUAUGUCUAAAGGAUGUCUCCUUAGUUGCAGUAGUAUGACUGUUUCUUAUGCGAGUUUUAGUACAUCUUAACAAGUUGGGCCAGUGGGCUGAAUGGUUGUCCACACCUGUGCUUUUUGAAACUGCUGGUAUACUCAGUAAAUUAAAACCUUUAACUUGCAGCAAAAAAAGAGGGGUGAAAAAAGCAUUUAAUCUGACUCCAAAAAGAUGCUAACAAUGACCAUUUAACCUGUCUACGUACACUUAUUACAAAGCUGUGCUACUGUCUUUCUAUCUGAAAUUGUGUGUCUUUUUUUGAACAGCACCAGGCAUAGUACUUACCAUGAAUGAAAUGUGUGCUGGUGGCUGCUCUGUUCAUUUGAAAUCCUUGGUCCUCUGCUCCAGAUUCCACUUGCAGCAGUGAAUUUCUGGUCCUACUGGGUUAAUUUGAGUGGUUGCACUAGUCAAGUGCCAACUAUGCCCACUUUUUCUGCCUCUGCUCUGUUCAAAGAAACCACAUUGUCUGUUCCCACAUUGAAAAGCAUUCUGUGAGUGGAUGAGGCAGCCGUUUUUUUAUUUUUUAUUAUUAUUAUUGUGGGAACCAAGCUUCUUUGAAUAGGGUAUGGGGGCAAAAAGGGGCAGUCGUAUUCAGCACUUGACGAGAGCCUGUCAAAGGUGCAUCUGCUCAUAUUAACUCCUGCAGCACCAGAAGAUCACUGCUGUGGGGAGUAACCAGGAGCAGAGGACUGAGGAUUUCAACCAAACGCACUAGCACACUGGACAAAUGUUGUUCAUUGUAUGUCCCUGGUGCACUUUAAGGCCCCUUUCAUACUUGUGCGACCGUAAAGUUGUGUGAUCUUGAUGCGACUUUAAGCAAUGCCUGUGUAAUCUUGAGGUCUAUGGACCUCAAGUCGCAUCAAAGUCAGACCAAAGUAGUGCAGGGUCUACUUUGAAGUCACACAGAUAGGAAUGGUACUCAUUGAAAAUCAUGCGUACUACUUGUCAUGCUUCUUUGUAGUCCCAAGUUGCAGGACAAGUCACACAAGUGUAAAAGAGGCUUACAAAAAAAAAAACGAAACUUCAGCUUUAGGGUUGAAUUAUCUUAAUAUAUAUGUUGGCUUUUAGUUGUGUCUAAACAGUGCUUAUAGUAACUCUAUUGCCACUGGGAAAAAAAUAAAUAAAAUCAUGAUAGCAAAAACA